AUGGAUGGAGCAGGUGGUAAUCCAGGAAGUGGUGGAUUUGAUCCAUGUGAAUGCAUUAAUAUGCUUCAAAUGAAUCAUGAACGUGCUAUGAAUCGUUUAACUGAUAUGCUUCGUAAUGCACAAACAACAUGUACUGAUACAGAAUGUUUUACUGGUCCAUUACCAGGUCUACAAAAUACUGGUGGUGGUAAUACAGGAAUGACAAACAUAUAUUUUAUGUUAGCUAUAUGGUUUGCUAUUGCUCUUUUACUUUUUCUUUUUCGACCACGUACUCUUCGCAAUAAUCGUGAAACUCUUGGAAAACGAAACAAUCAAGGUCCACCUUCUAAUGACCAAGAUCCUCCAGGACCACAAGUACAAUAG